CAAAAAGAGGUACCUUCCCCUUUGCCAGUAAACUUGUUGAACAGCUGUACCCGCUGAUGUCCCUACCUGUCCUUCACGUGCGCAACGAAGUGCCGCUUGGUCCGACUGGAACCUGCAGACAGGGACAAUGACGGGACAUCACUGGGGAUACGGGAAGGAGGACGGUCCCUCUUCAUGGUAUAAAAACUACCCCGUUGCGGAGGGGAACCGGCAAUCACCAAUUGAUAUCGUCCCCAAUGAGGCGUCACAUGACCGCGAUCUAGGCCCUAUAAUGACAAACUAUGACCACUGCACCUCCAUUAACAUCUCCAACAAUGGACACUCCGUAGUUGUGGAGUUCAAUGACUCAGAUGAUCGUUCAGUGAUCAAGGGAGGCCCACUCGAUAACCCCUACAGACUGAAACAAUUUCAUUUCCACUGGGGUGGAAAAGGACAUGAAGGCUCUGAGCACACUGUUUCAGGAAAAGGCUUUGCAUCUGAGCUUCAUUUAGUUCACUGGAAUGCUGUCAAGUACAAAACGUAUGGAGAGGCAUCAACUGCGCCCGAUGGUCUUGCCGUUCUUGGCAUCUUUUUAGAAACAGGUGAUGACCACAGAUGGCUCCACAUGAUAACGGAUGUUCUGUACAUGGUGAAGUAUAAAGGCAGUAUCACAGAUUUCAAAGGUUUCAACCCCAAGUGCCUGCUUCCCAGCAGUCUUCACUACUGGACCUACCUCGGCUCUCUAACCACACCUCCGCUACACGAGAGCGUUAUCUGGAUCAUCCUGAAGGAGCCAAUCGAAGUGUCUGAAAAGCAGCUGGGGAUGUUCAGAAUGCUUCUGUUCACUGAAGAGGACGACGAUCAGAAGAUGCGGAUGGAAAACAACUUCAGGCCUCCCCAGCCUAUCAAAGGGAGGAGAGUGCGUUCCUCCAAUUAAUAUGACCUCUGGAGGUCUGAAGUCAUAAAUAACCAACAGCAACUGCAAUAACACGAGAAUACUUUCACCUCACGAUAGCUUAUCCUGAAGGGUUUGUGAUUGUACGUAAAACAGAAGUAAAACGUUGCAAUAAUUGUCAUCCCUGGUGGUUUACCCCCCACUAAUGUGAAACUUUAAUGGCAGUAGAGGGAAUUAUUUUAGGGGCCAAAAAAAAGGAUUUUGUUAAGUUUACUAGGAAGUAGAAUAAAACCAGCAUUUACAGUCAUUAUUAUCAUUAUCACAAACUGUAAGUUUAAUAGGUUGCACCAAUACUUAAACCAACGAUUAAGGAAAACAAGAGGGCACAACAACAAGCACAAAGCCUUUUCACUCCUUUUAUCAUAUAUACCUGCUAAUCCCAUAUCGUUGUAGCCUGUAGCUGUUUCCAGACUAAUGCCAUAUCCCUUUGCUGUCUGCAGAUCUACAGCCCCCUUACUGAUUGCCAUUGAUUCCUUGUUAAUCCAGCCUAUUGCAGGUGGAUUCCCAGUCCUUGUGGCUAUAGAUUCCUUCUAGUAGGGCCAGUGAUGCUUUUAUCUCAACUGCUCCAUGGACCAUAAUUGAGUGCAUGAAAGUAAGGCUGUUUACAGUCCACAAAUGCAAUUAAUCCCAAAACAUGGUAACUGUUAAGGUCUUAUUAAACUUCAGGAGUCCAAACAAGGCCCUAUUUAAAAUCUUUGAUGAUCUGUGAUGAUCAGAUCAUUAUUAAUUCUGUCGGCAGCAUCACACGAUGGUUAUUAUUGUGCAGGAUAUAUUAUUAUUAUUAUUAUUAUUACACCUGUGAACCAGCAACAGGGGAAAAAAGUUAUAGAGUUCUCACCUAAAAUCUGUGUUCGUGUUCACCAUUUGAGUUGCUGUAACAGUUGCGUAACUGUAACCUUUUACCUGUUAUCCAGAAUUAGGUGGAGUAAUUAAAGCAAAUGUUUAAACUCUGUCAUUGAUUAGAAGAGGCAAAGGUUCAAGGUAAUUAGUAGCUAGGUUGUAAAGCAGUGGGAAAUCUGGGCUGUGAUUGGUUAAAUAUUUACCACCCGUGUUGAAGAUGUCUAAAAAUACACUGCUAUGAACAACUGAAAAUACAAAAUGUUAAAUACUAUAAUGUUAAAAUGUUAAGAAUCAAUGUAUUAGCAAAUAUUUUUAAGGAGAAGGACUUAAUGUCAGAAAGCUGUAAUAUAUGUUUCUGUAUGUAUUACUACCAGACUGAAAAUAUAGUACAGCAAUAAGUCCAGUAACAUUUUAGAAUACAGAGCCGAAUUGUUUUGCUGUCAUAUAUUUAUCGACGUAUAUCUAUGGUCCCUAGAAUUUAGCUACAAUAUUUGUCCAGCAGAUGGCAGGUUUGGCUGUUUUAUUAAAGUUCUAGACUGAAUUCUUAUUUUUCUGCUGUUCAUCAAAAAUAUUUGUCUGUUUAAACAUUUAAAUGUUUUUUUUUAAAUGUGU